AUGAAUACCCCAGGAUCAGCUAUGGGGCUCGUCAAGGUCGCCAAGUUACCUAUCAUCGGGCCUACAGAUCCAUUUGCCAAGGUUGUCAAGACUUUGUCCUUCUAUUUUGUCGACGAGCUCCAUGUACCCUCGACCUUCGAACAGCUACGAACCACAUCUGCAGGGAACAAAAUACGAGUCUUGGUGGAACAUCUGGUCGUGAAUGUUACAAAUCCAGCUUUGAUCAAUGCUCUAUUAACGUUGAAAUGGCACUUCUCAACCCUCGAAGUCGACGAUCGCGGAUUGAACGAAACUCGAGCGAACGCAUGCGAAAUUGUAGCCUGGCGAUUCCUCACACGAAUAUCAGAACGCGAUGCGGUGGACUUCUGCUUGUACGAACUGCCAGAGGUGCAGCCGCCGGAGGAAGAACCACAAACUACAGAUCCAUGCGGCUCGGAAGCCAACGAACAUUCGAUUCUUCUACCACAGUUUAGGGCGAGGGAUCCUACUGUUCCUGUGACUCCUGCAAGACCUACAAGUAAACGGGUAGAAAUGCUGCGAUCAAUUUCGCAUAUGGGCUCCAUGUCGAUUGUGCCGGAAGUAAACCCAGAAGAUGAGGAUGACCCGACAUCAUCGUUCACAGGACUGAAUGCAUUGGAAAUUGCUGCUGUGGCAGAUUGCAAGAAGUUCAUGAGUCAGAGAAUUGUUCAGAAGAUCAUUACUGGGAUCUGGAAUGGAGACAUCACCUUCUGGGCUAACUUGAGCGUUCACACGAAAAAGAAGCCACAGUUCUACAAUAAGAAACGAUCAGACUGCUUCACACGGUUGCGAGUACCGAGGUAUAUCAAGGCAUUUGAAGUCCUCUUCUUUGCAACGUUUCUAUUCCUCUACUAUGCGGUCAUGGUGGAGAGAAACCAAUAUGAAAUCACGUUCCUCGAAAUAUUACUGUAUAUUUGGUUCGCGGCUUUUGCAUAUGACGAAUUGGGAGAAUUCAUCGAUGCGGGGUCAAUUUUCUAUGCUGUUGAUAUUUGGAAUGGCUGUGACCUCAUUAUCAUACUGAUUGGAAUAGCCUUCGCGAUCACCAGAGUCGUUGGACUAAUCAAAGACACUGAGGAUCAUCAACCCAUCACGGACACGGCAUUCGAUAUUUUGUCAUUGGAAGCACUGUUCAUGGUUCCGAGAAUCUGCUCACUACUGAGUCUUCAUCCGUACUUUGGAACUCUGAUUCCAUGUUUGAAAGAGAUGGCCAAAGAUUUUGUGAAGUUCAUGGUAGUCGUGGCAGUCUUGUACAUUGGCUUCCUAACGACCUUUACUCUUCUCGCUCGAGAUAGUUUUGGUUUAGCAGAAAUGAGUUGGAUUUUGAUCAAGGUGUUUUUUGGUUCAAGUUACUUGGGAUUUGAUAUCAUGAGUGAUAUCAAUCCCAAACUUGGCCCCCCUCUCAUGCUCAUUUUUGUCUGCAUGACAAAUAUCCUACUCAUCACGUCCUUGAUCAGUAUUCUAAGUGAUAGCUUCUCCAAGGUUAUCGCACAUGCACGGGAGGAAUACUUGUUCGUGUACUCAGUCUAUGUUCUCGAGGCAUCGACCAGUAAUAGACUCACGCACUUCUACCCACCUCUGAAUCUGAUACCUCUGAUCCUCAUUCGCCCUUUGCGAUUGUUCCUCUCGUCAGAUGACCUUCGACGAACACGAAUAGUGAUGUUGAAGGUCACUCACUCUCCGAUCGUAGCCGCAAUCUGGCUGUUUGAGAAAGCACAUGAAAAGGUUAACGGCGGGGCUCUGGCAUUCUCAUCCAUCGGUCCCGGCCUUGCAAGGCUCACGACCGAAUCCACUUCAUCCUCCAAGAAGGGGAGACCAUUCCUCGCCAGUCGCAGCGGGAAGGCCAACUCGCAGCAUUUCCCAGAUACACCAGCCGAGGAUGGGGCUCACAGUCCCACGCAUGAGAAUCCCAUCAAAAGCAAGAAAGUAGGCCCAACGGUCAUGGUUGAUAAUACUAUGCUUGAGCAGCAGGUUCAGGAUCUGAGUGUCAAGAUUGCGGAAUUGACUGCAUUGAUCAUGGCUUCGCAGGGGACGCCUCAGGAAGAAUGGUCAUAG